AUGACUGAUAACAUGAAAGCAACGAUGCAAGAGAAAUUGGAAGUCGCAUUAAAGCCAUCUCAUUUGGAUAUCGAAGAUUUCAGCGAUGGAUGUGGAUUGAAAUUUCGUCUGGUUAUUGUUUCCGAUAGCUUUGACGGCAAAACGACUUUGGCAUCGCAUCGGUUGGUUUAUGACGUUUUGAAAGAAGAAAUGCAAGCAAUACAUGCGUUAGAAAUCAAAACUUAUACACGUGAAAAAUGGAAUGCAAUGGAUGAAAACAAAAAAAUGUUUGUUUAUCAGUUGUUGAAGUGGACAUCCGGCAGUUCUACCAGUGAAGGUAGAGAACAACAACCGGACGAAGAAAUCAGCGAAAAACUUGCAACGGAAUUCGCUUCUGCUUGCACUUAUUUACCCAUUGCACUUAGUGAAGGUCUUAUCUCACGUGAAGACCAGUUAUAUUUUUAUGCUCGAUAUAAACUUAUUACAUACGGAAAAGCUGAUCCCAGUAGGAGGCCCAGAAUAUACGACAUUACUAGUCGUGAGAAAUUCGAUACUUGGUUAGCACUGAACAAUAUGUCAGCGGCGGAAGCUAUGAGACAGUAUGUUGCGAGGCUUGUCGAACUCAAUAUUGGCUGGGAUGCAAACCAAACGUAUCGUAUUCGUUUUGGUGUUAGACCAAGUACAAUGGCAGAUGCUGAAUCAACCGAAACCGAAUCAUCUGGCAUGAGUUUGGAGCAGAUCGAAUGGUUUGCUGCUUUAGAUGAAGGCAAUGUUGAAAAGCUAAAAGACCUUCUAGCUAGCAGUCUAGGACUUCUGGAGGAAAGAGAUGAGAAUCAGUUAACUGCACUGCACUGGGCUUCCGAUCGUGGGAAAUUAGAACUUGUUGAGUUUCUCGUCAGUGCAGGAGCUGAUGUCAAUAUUCAAGAUUAUGGUGGACAAACUCCUCUGCAUUACGCCGUUUCAUGUUCUCAUCGAUCUGUAGCGGAUUUUUUGCUCAAAAAUGGUGCUGAUCCGGCAAUAGCUGACUUCGAAGGAAACUGUCCUUUGGAUAUUGUCAGUGACACAGCUAUUAGGAGAAUGUUAGAAGACGCCCUUCCGGAAGGAGAAACGAAGUCUUGAAAGUGAAAAAUUCUUUAUUGUCAUUGCUGGAAAGCAUCUGAUUAUUCAAAUACGGGCUUCUAGAAUAGUGAAUUUUUAGUGUUUUUUGACCUUUUAUUUAGUGUUUAGCGCUUUCGAAAUAACGACAAUGCCAUAGACGAUAGCACAG